UGAGAGAAGACAGGAAAAGUGAGUCCCUGCCUUCCCUCUCUCUGUCUGGCUCCUCCCAGGCCUGUCUGGCAGGGGCCGGGGUGCAGGAGGAGGAGGCGGCCUCCAGUACAGAGGGGCUGGACUUGGACCCCUGCAGCAGGUACUCGGAGCAAAUGGUGAGAUCAGAAGGGGGAUGAUGUCAUUCCUUCGAAGGAAUGAAUUAAACGUGCUUCCUCAUGUGUCUGAUUGACAGCCCUGCACAGGAGAAGCGGCAUAUAAAGCCGCGCUGCCCGGGAGCCGCUCGGCCACGUCCACCGGAGCGUCCUGCACUGCGGGGCCGGUCUCUCGCUCCAGCAGAGCCUGAGCCUUUCCGACUCGGUCCGGAACACUGAAACCAGUCAUUACUGCAUCUUUUUGGCAAACCAGGAGCUAAGCUGCAGGAGGCAGGAUGGUCUGGAGGCUGGUCCUGCUGGCUCUGUGGGUGUGGCCCAGCACGCAAGCUGGUCACCAGGACAAAGACAUGACCUUCGACCUUUUCAGUAUCAGCAACAUCAACCGCAAGACCAUUGGCGCCAAGCAGUUCCGCGGGCCCGACCCCGGCGUGCCGGCCUACCGCUUCGUGCGCUUUGACUACAUCCCACCCGUGAACGCAGAUGAUCUCAGCAAGAUCACCAAGAUCAUGCGGCAGAAGGAGGGCUUCUUCCUCACGGCCCAGCUCAAGCAGGACGGCAAGUCCAGGGGCACGCUGCUGGCUCUGGAGGGCCCGGGUCUCUCCCAGAGGCAGUUCGAGAUCGUCUCCAAUGGCCCCGCGGACACGCUGGAUCUCACCUACUGGAUCGACGGCACCCGGCAUGUGGUCUCCCUGGAGGACGUCGGCUUGGCUGACUCGCAGUGGAAGAACGUCACCGUGCAGGUGGCUGGCGAGACCUACAGCUUGCAUGUGGGCUGCGACCUCAUAGACAGCUUCGCUCUGGACGAGCCCUUCUACGAGCACCUGCAGGCGGAAAAGAGCCGGAUGUACGUGGCCAAAGGCUCUGCCAGAGAGAGUCACUUCAGGGGUUUGCUUCAGAACGUCCACCUAGUGUUUGAAAACUCUGUGGAAGAUAUUCUAAGCAAGAAGGGUUGCCAGCAAGGCCAGGGAGCUGAGAUCAACGCCAUCAGUGAGAACACGGAGACGCUGCGCCUGGGUCCGCACGUCACCACCGAGUACGUGGGCCCCAGCGCGGAGAGGAGGCCGGAGGUGUGCGAACGCUCCUGCGAGGAGCUGGGAAACAUGGUCCAGGAGCUCUCGGGGCUCCACGUCCUCGUGAACCAGCUCAGCGAGAACCUCAAGAGAGUGUCGAAUGAUAACCAGUUUCUCUGGGAGCUCGUUGGUGGCCCUCCUAAGACAAGGAACAUGUCAGCUUGCUGGCAGGAUGGCCGGUUCUUUGCGGAAAAUGAAACGUGGGUGGUGGACAGCUGCACCACGUGUACCUGCAAGAAAUUUAAAACCAUUUGCCACCAAAUCACCUGCCCGCCUGCAACCUGCGCCAGCCCGUCCUUCGUGGAAGGCGAAUGCUGCCCUUCCUGCCUCCACUCAGUGGACGGUGAGGAGGGCUGGUCUCCAUGGGCAGAGUGGACCGAGUGCUCCGUGACGUGUGGCUCUGGGACCCAGCAGAGAGGCCGGUCCUGUGACGUCACCAGCAACACCUGCUUGGGGCCCUCCAUCCAGACACGGGCUUGCAGCCUGAGCAAGUGUGACACCCGCAUCCGGCAGGACGGCGGCUGGAGCCACUGGUCACCUUGGUCUUCAUGCUCUGUGACCUGUGGAGUUGGCAAUAUCACACGCAUCCGUCUCUGCAACUCCCCAGUGCCCCAGAUGGGGGGCAAGAAUUGCAAAGGGAGUGGCCGGGAGACCAAAGCCUGCCAGGGCGCCCCAUGCCCAAUCGACGGCCGCUGGAGCCCCUGGUCCCCGUGGUCGGCCUGCACUGUCACCUGUGCCGGUGGGAUCCGGGAGCGCACCCGGGUCUGCAACAGCCCUGAUCCUCAGUACGGAGGGAAGGCCUGCGUGGGGGAUGUGCAGGAGCGCCAGAUGUGCAACAAGAGGAGCUGCCCCGUGGACGGCUGUUUAUCCAACCCCUGCUUCCCGGGAGCCCCGUGCAGCAGCUUCCCCGAUGGGUCCUGGUCAUGCGGCUCCUGCCCUGUGGGCUUCUUGGGCAAUGGCACCCACUGUGAGGACCUGGACGAGUGUGCCCUGGUCCCCGACGUCUGCUUCUCCACCAGCAAGGUGCCUCGCUGUGUCAACACUCAGCCGGGUUUCCACUGCCUGCCCUGCCCACCCCGAUACAGAGGGAGCCAGCCCGUCGGGGUCGGCCUGGAAGCAGCCAAGACGGAAAAGCAAGUGUGUGAGCCCGAAAACCCAUGCAAGGACAAGACACACAACUGCCACAAGCACGCGGAGUGCAUCUACCUGGGCCACUUCAGCGACCCCAUGUACAAGUGUGAGUGCCAGACAGGCUACGCGGGCGACGGGCUCAUCUGCGGGGAGGACUCGGACCUGGAUGGCUGGCCCAACCUCAACCUGGUCUGCGCCACCAACGCCACCUACCACUGCAUCAAGGAUAACUGCCCCCAUCUGCCAAAUUCUGGGCAGGAAGACUUUGACAAGGACGGGAUUGGCGAUGCCUGUGAUGACGACGACGACAAUGACGGUGUGACCGAUGAGAAGGACAACUGCCAGCUCCUCUUCAAUCCCCGCCAGGCUGACUAUGACAAGGAUGAGGUUGGGGACCGCUGUGACAACUGCCCUUACGUGCACAACCCUGCCCAGAUCGACACAGACAACAACGGAGAGGGUGACGCCUGCUCCGUGGACAUUGACGGGGACGAUGUCUUCAAUGAACGAGACAACUGUCCCUAUGUCUACAACACUGACCAGAGGGACACGGACGGUGACGGUGUGGGGGAUCACUGUGACAACUGCCCCCUGGUGCACAACCCCGACCAGACGGACGUGGACAACGACCUUGUCGGGGACCAGUGUGACAACAACGAGGACAUAGAUGACGACGGCCACCAGAACAACCAGGACAACUGCCCCUACAUUUCCAACGCCAACCAGGCUGACCACGACAGAGACGGCCAGGGCGACGCCUGUGACCCUGAUGAUGACAACGAUGGAGUCCCCGAUGACAGGGACAACUGCCGGCUUGUGUUCAACCCAGACCAGGAGGACUUGGACGGUGAUGGACGGGGUGAUAUUUGUAAAGAUGAUUUUGACAAUGACAACGUCCCAGAUAUUGAUGAUGUGUGUCCUGAAAACAAUGCCAUCAGUGAGACAGACUUCAGGAACUUCCAGAUGGUCCCCUUGGAUCCCAAAGGGACCACCCAAAUUGAUCCCAACUGGGUCAUUCGCCAUCAAGGCAAGGAGCUGGUUCAGACGGCCAACUCGGACCCUGGCAUCGCUGUAGGUUUUGACGAGUUUGGGUCCGUGGACUUCAGUGGCACAUUCUACGUAAACACUGACCGGGACGACGACUAUGCUGGCUUCGUCUUUGGCUACCAGUCAAGCAGCCGCUUCUAUGUGGUGAUGUGGAAGCAGGUGACGCAGACCUACUGGGAGGACCAGCCCACGCGGGCCUAUGGCUACUCCGGCGUGUCCCUCAAGGUGGUGAACUCCACCACGGGGACGGGCGAGCACCUAAGGAAUGCGCUGUGGCACACGGGGAACACACCAGGGCAGGUGCGAACCUUAUGGCACGACCCCAGGAACAUUGGCUGGAAGGACUACACGGCCUACAGGUGGCACCUGACUCACAGGCCCAAGACCGGCUACAUCAGAGUCUUAGUGCAUGAAGGAAAACAGGUCAUGGCAGACUCAGGACCUAUCUAUGACCAAACCUACGCUGGCGGGCGGCUGGGUCUAUUUGUCUUCUCUCAAGAAAUGGUCUAUUUCUCAGACCUCAAGUACGAAUGCAGAGAUAUUUAAACAAGAUUUGCUGCAUUUCCGGCAAUGCCCUGUGCAUGCCAUGGUCCCUAGACACCUCAGUUCAUUGUGGUCCUUGCGGCUUCUCUCUCCAGCAGCACCUCCUGUCCCUUGACCUUAACUCUCAUGGUUCUUCACCUCCUGCCAGCAACCCCGAACCCAAGUGCCUUCAGAGGAUAAAUAUCAAUGGAACUCAGAGAUGAACAUCUAACCCAUUAGAGGAAACCAGUUCGGUGAUAUAUGAGACUUUAUGUGGAGUGAAAAUUGGGCAUGCCAUUACAUUGCUUUUUCUUGUUUGUUUAAAAAGAAUGACGUUUACAUAUAAAAUGUAAUUACUUAUUGUAUUUAUGUGUAUAUGGAGUUGAAAGGAAUAUUGUGCAUAAGCCAUUAUGAUAAAUUAAGCAUGAAAAAUAUUGCUGAACUACUUUUGGUGCUUAAAGUUGUCACUAUUCUUGAAUUAGAGUUGCUCUACAAUGACACACAAAUCCCAUUAAAUAAAUUGUAAAGAAGGUUCAAUUCAAAUUUGAAGUAAUGUUUUAGUAAGGAGAGAUUAGAAGACAGGCAUAGCAAAUGACAUAAGCUACCGAUUAACUAAUUGGAACAUGUCAAACAGUUACAAAAAUAAACGAACUCUCCUCUUGUCCUACAACGAAAGCCCUCAUGUGCAGUAGAGAUGCAGUUUCAUCAAAGAACAAACAUCCUUGCAAAAUGGGUGUGACGCGGUUCCAGAUGUGGAUUUGGCAAAACCUCAUUUAAGUAAAAGGUUAGCAGAGCAAAGUGCUGUGCUUCAGCUGCUGCUUGUGCCACUGUGGCGUCGGGGAGGCUCCUGCCUGAGCUUCCUUCCCCAGCUUUGCUGCCUGAGAGGAGUCAGAGCAGACGCACAGGCCGGAAAAGUCGCAUCUAACUCGUAUCUAGGCUUUGGUAACUGCAGACAAGUUGUUUUUACCUGAUUUGAUAAUACAUUUCAUUAAGGUUCCAGUUAUAAAUGUUUUGUUAAUAUUUAUUAAAUGAAUAUAGAAUGCAGCUCCAUUUACCAAUAACUUAUUUUAAAUAUGCCUAGUAACAUAUAUGUAGUAUAAUUUCUAGAAACAAACAUCUAACAAGUAUAUAAUCCUGUGAAAAUAUGAGGCUUUAUAAUAUUAGGUUGUCAUGAUGAAGCAUGCUAGAAGCUGUAACAGAAUACAUAGAGAAUAAUGAGGAGUUUAUGAUGGAACCUUAAUAUAUAAUGUUGCCAGCGAUUUUAGUUCAAUAUUUGUUACUGUUAUCUAUCUGCUGUAUAUGGAAUUCUUUUAAUUCAAAUGCUGAAAACGAAUCAGUAUUUAGUCUUGCCAGGCACACCCAAUAAUCAGUCAUGUGUAAUAUGCACAAGUUUGUUUUUGUUUUUUUGUUGGUUUGUUUUUUUGCUUUAAGUUGCAUGAUCUUUCUGCAGGAAAUAGUCGCUCAUCCCACUCCACAUAAGGGGUUUAGUAAGAGAAGUCUGUCUGUCUGAUAGGGGGCAAAUCUUUUUCCCCUUUCUGUUAAUAGUCAUCACAUUUCUAUGCCAAAUAGGAACGAUCCAUAACUUUAGUCUUAAUGUACACAUUGCAUUUUGAUAAAAUUAUUUUUGUUUCCUUUGAGGUUGAUCGUUGUGUUGUUGUUUUGCUGCACUUUUUACUUUUUUGUGUGGAGCUGUAUUCCCAAGACCAACGAAGUGUUGGGAGACUUCAUUAAAUGUAGCGACUGUCAACAGCGUGCAGGUUUUUCUGUUUCCGUGUUGUGGGGUCAACCGUACAACGGUGUGGGAAUGAUGAUGAUGUGAAUAUUUAGGAUGUACCAUAUUUUUUGUAAAUUAUUUAUGUUUUUCUAAACAAAUUUAUCGUAUAGGUUGAUGAAACGUCAUGUGUUUUGCCAAAGACUGUAAAUAUUUAUUUAUGUGUUCACAUGGUCAAAAUUUCAUCACUGAAACCCUGCACUUAGCUAGAACCUCAUUUUUAAAGAUUAACAACAGGAAAUAAAUUGUAAAAAAGGUUUUCUAUA